AUGUUCGCCGAGCUUGCCCUCUGGUUCUUCAUUGUUGCUCCCCUGCUGUGCGCUUGGUCUGUGUGCUACUAUCAGAUGCGUCCCUUCAAAAAAGUUUCAAAGUCCAAACAAAAGCAAAGUGGGUUGGCAGAUAACUCACCUAAUGAGGCUAGCGGUGGUAUUCGUAUUGAUACAAGAACAAGGAGUCAAAAUUGGAGCAACAUGUUGGAUGCGCAAUUGUUGGGGCUGAUGAGAGAUGAACAUACAUUUGGUAAUUGCGUAAAUGGGUCAUUCAUUCCGAUUGCUUGGAAGCGAAUGAAUCGAUUUAAAGUGUUAAAAAAAACUUUCAAUUUGUACCAUUCUCUUGCCAAUAAGAGCGGGUGGGGAUGGAACUCUGACUUGCACAUUCCCACACCUGGUGACGCAAGAAUCUGGGAUUCUGUAAUAGCGGAGAACCCGGCGUACGCCAGGUGUAGGGAUAAGCCCUUUCCCGCCUACGAUGAUAUGGAAUUUCUUACCCAAAAUACAACUGCGACAGGAAGAUAUGCAUUUACAAGUGCUGUGGAGCUUCCCCCUAUAAUUGAAAGCUCCUCUGGGUCAUCCCCUGGUGAGGAUGAUACUAUUGCUGGCAUUGGAAUGUCAGCUUGUAAUCUCUCAUCGGACCCAUUCGAAGCAGGGGGAUCUGGGUGCGCCAGAAAUGCUAACUUUGAUGAAGCAAAUACGUCACGCUCCCCAAGCCCUCCCGUGAUGCCUACAACUGGUGCAAGUGGUUCUGGUCAUAGCUCUGGUAGUAAAAGAGCUCGUUCUCCAGAGUCUAGCAAAAAGCAAGCACAAACGGCAACUACAUCUGGGGGACGAAAAAAGAAAGUAGAUGCCCGGACUUCUGCUUACCUUGACAUCGCGGAGCAGGGUAAGGAAAAGCUUGGUUGGGUGCGGCAACUAUGUCAGCUAGAGCUGAGCAAGAGCACUGAUAUGCCAUCGCAGAACCAAUGCAUGCAACGAGUGUAUGGGAUGACGGGGUUAAGUGAUGAUGAUAUCUUAGUUCUCUGUGAUGCGUUUAAGGAAGACAAGAAUCGCAAUGCUUUCAUGUCAUUGAAUGACAAGCAUGCAAGAAAGUGGGUUGAGCGAGAAAUUGCGCAGCAAAAUCUAUACUAUAGGCCGUCAUUUCCCGGGAGUUAGACAAAUGGCGUAUUGGUAGUUCUUCUGUAUCGUACCUCGACCCAUGCUUAUUGCGUGUGGAUGUCCAUAUUUUCUAGCUUGUCGUGGUAUUGGUAGUUGGAAGCUUAUUGCGUGUGGAUGCUUCUUUAUCUUAGCUUUGCAUACUUUCUACUUUGUGGUAGUGACUCUUGAAUGUAUGACGCUUUGAUUUAUGUUUCCUCUACUCUUAUUAGCUUUGCAUAUUUUUCUGCUGUUGGAAGAUUAUUAUAUGUUUGCGCCAUAUAUAUUACCUCUUGCUAUAGUUAUAUGUUCGUGUGUAUUUAUUUAUUUUUGGAUGUGCAUAUUAAGUGCUGAUUUAUUCGGUAUUUACAACAGUUGCAAUUAGAAAGACAUUAAUGGUGAACCCACUAUACAAAAGAAUUUUUUCUUCAGAGACCAUAGCCACCAUUAUGACAAUAAUAGAUGACGAUGAUGAAUCUAUCGAGGCUAUGAUGCUACUUGAGUUAGAAUCUGCAGUUGCAAAUAGAGUACCCAGACAAAGGUGUCGGACUCGGCCGUUUACCGGACAUCAAAUGUUGUGUGAUAUCUUAUCUGGUCAUCCUGAACGUUGCUGCCAUCACUUUCGUGUGAGUGCAACUACAUUUAUUGCACUCCGCGAUGCUUUAGUCGAGAAGGGCUUAAUAAGUAGCACAAGAAAUAUGACUGCUGAUGAGCAGUUAGGCAUCUUUCUAUAUGGCGUAGGGCAUGGCGUGGCAAACCGAAUAUUGGCGGAAACAUUCCAACAUUCCGGAGAAACCAUCAGUAGGCAUUUUAACAAUGUACUACGCGGCAUUGUCAGGCUAAAAGAUGACUACAUAAUGUUGCCGUCAAGUAAUGCUGCCGUGCAUCUAAGAAUUCGGCAUAAUCAAAAUUUUCAUCCUUUCAAGAAUGCUAUUGGUGCGAUCGACGGGACGCAUAUUCCAGUAGUGGUCAAAAGGAGUCAACAAGCACCAUUUCGAUGUCGAAAAGGGUUCACCUCACAAAAUAUGAUGGCUGCGGUGUCAUUUGAUCUUAAUUUUUUAUUUGUAUGCACAGGAUGGGAAGGCUCUGCUGCCGAUAUGAGAGUACUUCGAUGGGCAUGCGAAAGAGGUGGUUUCGUUGUUCCCGAAGGCAAGUAUUACUUAGUAGACUCGGGAUAUGCAAAUACUGAAAAAUUUCUUGCACCCUAUAGAGGAGAGCGUUACCAUAUUAGUCAGUUUGACGCAAGCACACGGGCCCGCGUUCAUCGAAAUCCACGAGAUUUGUAUAACCACCGGCAUGCUCAAUUAAGGAAUGUGGUUGAGAGGACAUUUGGCAUUUUGAAGAAGCGUUUCAAAAUUCUAAAUGUAGCAACACCGUUUUCGUAUAAAGUUCAAUGCUUGAUUGCUAUGGCAUGUUGUAUAAUACAUAACUUUAUUCGCCGUCACCAAGCAAAUGAUAACAUUUUUCCUGAUGAGGGUCCAGAUGAACAGAACGCUGAAAAUGAAGGUGGAGUGGACGAUUUAGUGGGAGUAAUUGAGGACUCCCAAAAUGGUGAGGAUCUACGUGCUAAUAUUACAAAUCAAUUGUGGAACACUAGAAUAUAAUUUUAUAUAAAUUAGAUAAUUGUAUUGAUAUUUGGUAGAAUUGAGUGUAGUGGUUAUAUUGUUA